AUGAGAAAAGCGAUUCGCUCUCCCCUCCGCCAAGGCUCCAAUACAGCAACUCACCUAUCAAAUGCACAUCACUGGGAAAACCCAAUCAAGCGAUCUGCAUCGACUGCCAUCAUUGUCAUCGCCCAUCAACAGAACCAACCUCCAAACACACAGACAUCACGAAACCAAACGGUGCAUCCAGACCAGACCACCAUUACAACUAUCCCCAUCGAGUACGGUAUUGUUCGGUGGCCGAACGCAUAUGAUUUUCCGGCCAUGUGGUGUGUGGACUCGUACACCCUUUUCUCCCGCAGAUCUUCCCUCUGCACGUCCCGUACGCAUGCCACUAACCGCCUUGGAAGCGUUCUUGGGUGGCCCUUCGUGGCGCCGCCUCAAUCGAACAAAGCACCAAGCCCAACACCAAACGCCAACCGCCAGGAAGAAGAAAAAACAAAGAAGAAAAGAUGGGCGAAUCUAAAUAUAUCUCACCCAGAGAAUACGAAGGUGAUCUCCACGAGGGGGGAGUUACAAAACAAAGGGAGUGACCUCCUCCACACAAGAGAUCGUCAAGCCUUCUAG